AUGGAUCUAGUUGCCAUCCUGUGGCUUUUGCUCUUCCUUUCCAAGGUGACAUUGCCUGUAGCCUCGGGCAUCAAGGAGGGAAAAGAGUUAGAUAUGAAACGUUCUAUACGUAGUGUAGCAGAUCGACGUGCUCUGAUUCCAUUUCGCAAAAUACUAGAGGCCAUGUUACGGAAAAAAUCAACAAUAAUACCGGUCAUGCCAUACAUUGGAAUUGACAAUGGUCCCUUUUACGAUAGUAUGUCUGAUUAUGACUAUUCCGAAAGUGAUACAAAUUACAAAAGCCCUAAAUAUGGAAAAACAAGAGAAUCAAGCUUAAAGGGCCAGGAAGAAUACGACUAUAACGACCUCUACGAAGACAAUGCCCGAGUCAAAGACAAUAGCAAAAAAUAUAUCGAAUCUUCACGCCGGUGGCCACCUGUCAGACAUGACACCAAACAGAUCAGAGAUGAUGAAGAUUUUAAACCUAUCGGAAUACCAGGCCGAAACUUCGUUCCGGUCGCAGCAAAACCAUCAUAUAUGACAGCCGAACCCGAAGAUUAUCCUGAUUAUAGCGACGAAUUAUCACAAAGCUCGGAAGAACCUGACACAACUACGACUACGUUGCAAUCUGAGGCUUCAACAACAAACAUUAGUUCAAGCACCAAACUCGAUUCGGUGGAGGCAACAAGUUCGACCCGAAUAUGGAAUCAAGCACAAUCCAGCACAAAGGCAGCUUCAACAAAGUUUACGAAAUUCUCCAGUCUCUCCGACUCUCUUUUCCAAAGAUCCACGGACGGCACUGUUCCAGACGUAAACCCAAGCACUCAAACUGUCAAGAAUCGCGAAAAAACAUUAUCACAAUUUGAAACUACAACAGAGAAAAGAACUACAGUAAAAAGCCUUUACUCCAGCACUCAAAUAGUCCCGAAUUUAAUUGACAAACAUAACGAAUCACACUACACACAUUCAUCGCGCUACGGAUAUUUCCAGGAGGUUACCACACCAGGCACUGCCACUAAGAGUAGAAUCGAAUCCCGUUCUACUGAAGAUAAGAGUCUUUCCGGAUCAACCAGAGCUGCAUCACAUACCACACAGUCCACGGGAACUAGUAGUUCUGAAAGGCACUCAAAUGGUGAAUCCGUUUUAGAAGAGAACCAACGCCUGAAAUCGACAUACAGCGAGAAAAAAUCCACAUCCACUGUUCCAGAUAUUAAUUCAAAACGGCUUGGCACGAGUAGAGCAACAAGUUCACAACACGUCACAACAAGUCACUCCCAGCUCAAAGAGCGAACUUCACCUUCCCGAGAACUUCCGGUUGUCACAUUUACUGGUGUCGAUUCAAGUACCAAAUAUAGUCCAGAAGACCUAACGGGCAUGGUAACAAGUACAUCGACAGAAAAGCAUUUCUCGCCAUUCUCGAGUGCAACCGAGAAAGAACUCAAGGAUUCUGCUACCCAGGAAAUUUCAGAUGCAACAAAAAGUCGCUGGUCUCCAUCAACUACCCAGCAGUCAGAUUUAUUCUCCGGCACCUCGCACUACAUUGAACCCUCCCGCAAUAAUGUAUCAAUUAUGGUUCUCACCAGCACAACCGAAUCCGGCUCUACCCACGGUAUGAGUCACUCAACUUCAAGAACAACUGCGUCACACACCAAACGACCGGGGGGAAGUAGUAGUCCUGAAAUCAAUACAAACACUCAGAUUAUUCAGGAAGAAGAAAUUUCUCCAGUAGCUACAUCCAGUGGAAGUGAACCAAGGCAAGCCAUGACACCUACGUCUAUCAACGUCAAUAGCCUCACAUCCACCAUGGAGACCAAUGCGCAUAGGUCUCCCUCAACCAUCGGACAAUUGAAUCUAGUCUCAGCUUCGUCACAUUCCAGUAAGCCCUCCAGCGAUACUCUAUCAACCACGGCUCCCACCGUUGCAAUCGAAUCGAGCUCUAGCCAGAGUCAGAGUCAUUCAACAUCAAGAACACCUACGUCACACACAGCAACACCUGGGGCAACUAGUAGUCUACAAAUCGCUUCAAAUGCGCAGACUAUUUUGGAAGAGAUAGAAAGUUUGCCAGUAGCUACAUCCAGGGAACCAAAGUCAGCCAUGCCACUUACGUACAGCAAUGCGAAUAGCGUCAGAUCCACUGUUGCAGACAUUGACUCAAGUAGGCAACCAGACACGAAUAGGUCAAUUACUUCACACACGAGCUCAAUCCCAGCAAGUCACUCCAGUCCCACGGAGAAAAUUUUGUUUUCACGGGUACCUUCGAAGGUGACAGUUGCUGGCAUCGCAAGUCCCAAAUCUGAUAUUACAGGCAUCACAAAUUUGGUCGCAAAAGAAUCAACAAGCAGAUAUUCUUGGCCGUCGUCAAGUGUUUCCAAAGAAAAAGUCACCAAGGGCAUCACAGUUUCUACUUCCCAUAGCAUUCCAAGUAUAAACAAAAGUUCGCAUACGUCUCCAUCCACUGUAGGGCAGUUGCAUCAAUUGACAGCAUCGUCACACUCCAGUGAACUGUCGCAAGUUACUCUACGAACAGUGGUUCCCGUCAAGGCAAUCAUGUCCAGCUCUAGCCAGAGCCACAGUGAUUCCAAAUCAAAACCAACUGUAUCGCACACGGAACAAACUGGAAGACAUAGUACCUUUCAAACUGGCUCAAAUGGUCAGAUUGUUCUCGAGGAGAGAACAAAUUCACCAAUAGUUACGUUCAGUGGAAGUGAACCAAGGUCAGUCACGACACCUACCUACAACAAUGCACAUAGCUCCAAAUCCACCGUCAUUGACUCAAGCACGCAACCCGGUACCGCCAGAGUAACUACUCCACACGCGCGCUCAUCACCAUCAAGUCUCUCUAACGUCAUCGAGAGAAUUUUACCUUCCCACGAACCUACGGGGGUGACAGUUGGCAGCGUUCAUUCAAGUACCCAAUUUGGCACCACAGAAGAUACAAAUUUUUCUACAAGCAAAUUGACAGAAAGACAUUCCCCGUCUUUCUCGUCUGUGUCUAAAGAAGAAGCCGCAAACGAUAUCAGCGAUUCUACUCCCCAUAGCAUUCUCGGAAUAGAAAACAGUCCGGGCAGGUCUUCCGAAGGUCAGUUGGAUUUAUUCUCAACUUCAUCACACAACACUGGUUCUCCCAGGAUUACUCCACUUGCCCCCAGUACAACCGAAUUUAGCACUAGCGAGGAUCACAACAAUUCAGAAUCAAGUACAAUUGCAUCACUUCUCGAGUUACCUUGGGGAACUAGCAGUCCUCAAAUCGACUCAACUGUUCAGUUUCCUCUAGAAGCAACAAAAUCCUUACCAGCAGCUACGUCCGGGGGAACUCAACCAAAGUCAGCCAUGACACCUACGUACAGCAAUGCCCUUAGCACCAAAUUCUUCGUCGGAGAUAUUGAUUCAAGUAGGCAACCUCAUACGGGGAAAGUAACUACUUCAUACGAGAUCUCGUCACCAACAAGUCGCUCUAACCUCACCGAGGGAACUUUGCUUUCUCAAGGUACUUCAAGGGUGAUAGAAACUAGCGCCGGUUCAAGUACACAACCUGGUAUCACCGACGUUACAAAUAUGAUCGGAAGUAAAGCAUCAGAAAAAUAUUUCUCGUUGUUCUCAAGUUGGCCGAAAGAAGAAAGCACCAGGAAGGUCACUGAUUCCAAUUCCCAUGAGAGAAAAAGUUCGCCGAUAGUUACGUACAGUAGUAGUCAGCCAAUGCCAACCAUGAUAUCAACGUACAGGAGCACACAUAGCCCUAAACCAACUAUCUUCAACAUCAACUUGAGUAGACAACCAAACAGAGGUAGAGUAACUACUUCACAUGCGGUCUCGUCACCAACAAGUCAUCCGAGUCUCGUGGAGAAAACCUUAUCUUCCAAAAUAGCUUCGCCGCCCUCGGUUACUGCCGCCGAACCAAAUACCCAAUCUAGUACCAGAAAGGUGAUAUAUACGUCGUCAGGAGGACAUUCCUCAUCGUUCUCAAGUGCAUCCAAGAAAGAAGCUACCGCGGAAAUAACCGAACCUACUUUCCACGGAAUUCCAAAUACGAACAGCUCUCCCUCUACCAUAACGCAGUUGAUUUCAUUCUCAUCAUCGUCACACUCUAGUGAGCACCCCCGGGUUACUCCGCCAACUAAGAUUCUCACCAGUGCAAUCGAACCCAUCUCUAAUGAAGGCCAGAGGCCUUCGGGGUUAAGCACAAGUGUACCACACACUGACCUGCCCGAGAGAACUGAUAAUCUACAAAUCGACUCAAAAACUCAGAUUAUUCCCGAAGAUCUAAAAAUUUCCCAAGUAACUACGCCCAGUGAAAGUGAACCAAAGUCAGCCACGGCACCUAUGCUCAGUAAUGCGCAUAGCUUCCCAUCCACCGUCGCAGAUAUUGAUUCAAGUAGACAACCUCACAUGGGAAAAGUAACUGAUUUGCACGCGGUCUUGACUCCCGCAAGUCACUCAAGUCUCAUCGAUAAACGAUUGCAUUCCCAAGUACCUUCAACGGUGACAGUUACUGGCAUCGGUUCAAGUACCCAAUUGAGUAACACGAGCCAAAUAAAUUUGAUCGGAAACGAUUCGACAGAGAGAUAUUCUUCGCCGUUCUCAAGUGUGUCCAGGAAAGAAGCCUCCACGAAGAUGAUCGAUUCCGAUUCGCAUGUUACAGCCGAUAUAAAGAUUAGUCCCCAGGAGUCUCCCUCCACCAUGGGUCGGUUGCAUUCGGUCUCACCUUCGUCACACUCCAGUGAAUCUUCUCGCAUUACCCUACCAACCAAGGUUUCCACAAGUGCAAUCGAAUCUAGCACUAAUGAGGUUCUGAGUCAUUCUGAAUCAAGCAUAACUGCAUCAUACACUGAAUCACUUGGUAGUAGUCCUCAAAUCGAUUCAGUUGCUCAAAUCGUUCGGGAACAAAUAACAAGUCUGCCAGUAGCUACGUCCAGUGAAAGUGAAUCAUGGCCAGCGAUGACACCUCCGUACAGUAGUGACUCAAGUAGGCAACCUGACACGGGCAGAGUAACUACUUCACACGCGAUUACGUCAUCAGCAAGUCGCUCUAACCUCACCGGGGGAACUUUGCCUUCCCGAGUACCUUCGAUGGUGACAGUUAGUAGCGCCAUUUCAAAUACCCAAACUGAUACCGCAGGGCAUACAAACUUGAUUGAAACUGAAGCGACAGAAAUACUUUUCCCGUCGUUCUCAAGUUGGCCGAAGGAGAAAGCCACGACGAAGAUUACCGAUUCCAAUUUCGACGGCAUUCCCGGUCUAGAGAAUAGCGCUCAUGGGUCUACCUCCAUCGUAGGUCAUUCAUUUACAGCUUCGUCGCAGACCAAUGAGUACUCCCGAGAUAUCCUACCAACAGUGGUUCCCGCCAGUACAAUUAAAUCCAUAUCUAAUGAAAGCAAGAAUCAUUUGGAGUCAAGCACGACUGCAUCAGACACUAAACCACCUAGGGGAGCUAGUAGUCCCCAAAUCGACUUAAGCAAUCAAUUUAAUCAGGAGGAGAUAAUAAAUAUGUCAGUAGCCGCGAUCAGUGGAAGUCAGCCAAGGCCAACCAUGACACCAAAGUACAGCAACUCCGUAUCGACUAUCUCAGAGAUUUACGGCAGUAGACAAUCAGACAUAGGCACGGUCUUGACACCAACUAGCCAUUCCAACCUCACAGAAAAAAUUUUGCCCUCUCAAGUACCUUCGGUGGUGACAGCUACUAGUGCCGGUCCAGACAUUACAAAUUUGAUUGGAAGUGAAUCGACGGCUCGUGGCAUUUCCGAUAUAAAUCAAAGCCUGCAUAGUUCUCUCUCUAUCAUCGCUCAGUUGCAUUCAUUCUCUACUCCUCGGGUUAUUCUAACAACCACGGCUCCCACCAGUUUAAUCGAAUCCAGUUCUAGAGAGAGUCAGGGUCAUUCAGAAUCAAAGAGAACUGGAUCACCCACUGAAGCAGCUGGGGGAACUAGUAGUUCUCAAAUCGAUUCAAAUGGUCAAUUUGUUCUGGAGGAGAGAAAGAGUUCGCCAGCGUCUGCCUCCAGCAAUAGUCAACAAAAGGCAACCAUGACACCAAUGUACAGGAACGUGCAUAGUACCAAAUCAACUAUUCCGGAGAUUGAAUCAACUAAGCAUCCAAGCAGAGACAGCGUAACUGCUUUACACACACUCUUGCCACCAGCAAAUCAUUCGAGUCAUGCCGAGGGAACCUUACCUUCCAAAGUAGCUUCCACGUCUAUAGUUACUAGUCUCGAUUCAAGUACCCAAUAUAGUCCCUCUGACAUGAUACAUUUGAUCACAAGCACAUCGACAGAAAGACGUCCCUCAACGUUUUCUUCAAAUAUAUUCAAGGAGGAAAGCACUACGGAAAUGACUGAUUCCACUUUUCAUGGAAUUCCAGACACGCACGGGUCUAGCUCUAUCAUAGGCCAGUUGGUUUCAUUCUCAGCCUCGUCACACGUCGGUGAACACUCCCCGGUUACUCUGUCAACCAAGGUUCCCACCAGUGCAAUCGAAUCCAUCUCUAACCAAGGCCAAAGUCCGUCGGGGUUAAUCACAACUACAUCCCACAAUGGAGGAACUAGUAAUCUUCAAAUCGACUCAAAUGCCCCGGCGAUUCUGGAAGAUAUAAAAAUUUCGCAACUAGCUACUUCCAGGGAGAGUCAACCAAAGUCAGCUAUGACACCUACAUACAGCAAUGUCCAUAGCUCCAGUUCGUCGAUUGCAGAUAUUGAUUCAAGUAGGCAACCUGACACAGGCAAAGUAACUGCUUCAUAUGCGGUCUCGUCACCAGAAAGUCGCUUUAUCCUCACUGAGAGGACUUUGCCUUCCCAAACUACAUCGAAAGUAACCGAAACUAGCACCGGUAUAAGUACCCAAUUUGGUAUUAGCGUUAAAAAUAUGAUCGGUAGUGAAUCAACCGAAAAAUAUUUCUCGUCGUUCUCAAGCUGGUCAAAGGAAGAAGGCGUCACGGGGGUCACCGAUUCUAAUCCCCACAGCAUUACCGAUCUAAAUAAAGAUCUGCACUGGUCUCCCUCCACCACAGGUCAGUUGCAUUCUUUCUCAACUUCGUCAAACUCCAGUAAGUCCUCCCGGGUUAUCCUACCAACCACGGUUCCCACCAGUGUAAUCGAAUCCAGCUCUAGAGACAGUGAGAGUCAUUCGGAAUCACGGAGAACUUCAUCGCACAUCGAACCACAUAGGGGAACUAGUAGUCCUCAAAUCGAUUCAAGUGAUCAAUUUAAUCUGGAGGAGAAAUCAAGUUCGCCAGCAUCAACGUUCAGAAGUAACCAACCAAGGGCGACCAUGCCAUUAACGUACAGGAGCCCGUAUAGCCCCAAACCAACUAACCCAGAUAUCGACUCAACUAGGCAUCCAAAUAGAAACAGAGUAACUACUCCACACACAAUCUUGUCACCAGUAAAUGAUUCAAGUGCCAUCGACGGAACUUUACCUUCCGAAGUAGUUUCGAUAGCCACAGUUACUAGCCUCGAAUCAAGUACCCAAUCUGGUCCCACAGACAUGAUACAUUUGGUCACAAGUAAAUCGACAGAAAGACAUUCCUCGUCGUUUUCAAGUGUAUCUAAGGAAGAACCCGAUUCGAAAAUCACCGAACCUACUUUCAAUGGCAUUACAGAUAUGCCCAGGUCUCCCUCUACCAUAGAUCAGUUGGUUUCAUUACCAGCAUCGUCACAUUCAAGUGAAGAAUUCCGGGUCACUCCGCCAACCAAGUUUCCCACCAUUGCAACCGAAUCCAGCUCCAACGAAGGUCAGAGUUCCUCGAAGUUAAGUACAACUGCAUCACACACCGAACUUCCCGGGAGAACAGAUAAUUCACAAAUCGACUCAAAUACUCAGAUUAUUCUGGAAGAUGUAAAAAUUCCGCCGGUAGCUACAUCCAGUGGAAGUAAACCAAGGCCAACCGUGACACCUACGUACAGCAAUGUGUAUGGCUUCAAAUCCACCAUCGCAGACAUUGACUCAAGUAGACAUCCUCACACGGGAAGAGUAACUGAUUCGCAAACCAUCACGCCUCCAGCAAGUCACUCUAGUCGUAUCAAGGAAACAUAUUCACGAGUACCUUCAACGAUAACAGUUACUAGUAGCAGUUCAAGUAACCAAUUUGGUGACACAAGCCAAAUAAGUUUGUUCGGGAACGAAUCGGCCGGGAGGCAUUCUUCGUCGUUCUCAAGUUUGCCCAGGAAAGAAGUUACUACAGAUAUCGAUUCCACUUCACAUGGCAUUGCCGAUGUAAAAAUCAGUCUGCAGACAUCUCCCUCAACCAUGAGUCGGUUGUAUUCAUUCUCAGCUUCAUCACCCUCCGGUGAGCCCUCCCGGGUUACUUUACAACCAGUGGUUCCCACCAGUCCAGUCAAAUCCAUCUCUAGCGAAGGUCAGACUCAAUCAGCAUCAGGCAAAGGUGCAUCAAACACCGAAUUACCUAGGGGCACUAGUAGUCUUGAAAUCCAUCCAAAUGCGCAGAUUACUCUGGAAGCUGUAAGAAAUUUUCCAGUAGCUACGUCCAGUUUAAGUGAACCAAGUUCAGUCAUGACACCUAAGUACAGCAAUGCACAUGACCUCAAAUCCACCAUCGCAAACAUUGUCUUAACCAGCCAACUUGACACGGGAAGAGUAACUGAUUCACACGCGAUUUCGUCUCCUGCAAGUCACUCUAAUCUCAUUGAGAAAAUUUUGCCUUCCCGAGUACCUAUGACGGUAGCGAUUACCGGCGUCGCUUCAAGUACCCAAUCUGGUACCACAGGCACCAUGCAUUUGGUCGGGAGUGAAUCGACAGAAGGACGUUUCUCGUCGUUCUCAAGUUGGCCGAAGGAAAAAAGCACCACGGAGAUCACCGAUUCUACUUCCCAUGGCAUUCCCAAUGCAAACAAAAGUCUACACAGUUCUUCCUCCACCGUAGGUCGGUUUCAUUCAGUCUUACCUUCAUCACACUCCAGUGAGUCUUCUCGGACUACUUUACCAACUAGGGCUCCGGCAAGUGCAAUCGAAUCUAGUGCUAGUGAGAUUCAGAACCAUUCAGAAUCAAACACAACCGCAUCGCAUACCGAAUCACCUGGGGUAACUAGCAGCUCUCAAAUCGACUCAAGUCCUCAGAUCAUUCUGGAAGAAAUAACAAGUGGACCAGUAGCUACGGCCAGUGAAAGUGAACCAAGGUCAACCAUAACAACUCCAUACAGUAGUGCGCAUAGCUUCAAAUCUUCCGUCGCAGAUAUUGACUCAAGUAGGGAGCCUAACCCGGGUAGGUUAACUACUUCGUACGCAGUCUCGUCACCAGCAAGUCGCUCUAACCUCACCAAAAGAACUUUGCCUUCCCGAGUACCUCCGACGGGGACAGUUACUAGGGCCCUUUCAAAUACCCAAUCCGGUAUCACAGACUAUACAGAUAUAAUCGGAACUGAAUCGGCAAAAAGACUUGUCCCGCCGGUCUCAAGUUGGUCGAAGGAAGAAGUCACCACGGAGAUUAUCGACUCCUAUUCCAACGGCAUUCCCGGUGUAGAGAACAGUGCUGACUGGUCAUCCACCACCAUACCUCAGUUGCAUUCAUUCAAAACUUCGUCACAGUCCAGUGAACGCUCCCGAGAUGCUCUACAAACAGCCGUCCCCACCAGUGCAAUUGAAUCCAUAUCUGACGAAGGCGAGAGUCAUUUGGAGGCAAGCACAAUUGUAUCAAACACCAAACCACGUGGGGGAACUAGUAGUCCCCGAAUCGGCUUAAACGAUCAAAUUGUUCUGGAAGAAAUAACAAACGUGUCAGUAGCUACGACCAGCCGAAGUCAGCCAAGGCAAACACCAAAGUACAGCAACUCUGAAACCACUAUCCCAGAGAUUGAGGCAAGUAAGCAACCAGACAUAGGCAGAGUAACUACUUCACAUUUGAUCCGGUCACCAACAAGUCGCUCAAGCCUCACCGAAAAAAUUAUACCUUCCCGAGUAGCGCCGGCAGUGACAGUUACUAGCGCUACCACAAAAGUUACAAAUUUAAUCAAGAGUGAAUCGACAGAAGCUGCCAUAGAGGCCACUGAUUCCACUUCUCAUGGCAUUCCCGAUGUAAAUAAAAGUUCUCUCUCCACCAUAAGUCAGUUGAAUUCAUUCUCUACUUCGUCACACUCCAGUAAGCACUCCCGGGCUACUCUACCACCCACGCUUCCUACCAGUAUUGUCGAAUCCAGCUCUAGAGAGAGUCAGAGUAAUCCAGAAUCAAAGAGAACUUCAUCACACACUGAACCACCUGGGGGAACUAGUAGUCUUCCUAUUGAUUCAAAUGGUCAUUUUGUUCUGGAGCUGACAAAAGGUUCGCCAGCAGCUACGUCCAGAAGUAGUCGGCCACGGGCAACUAUAGCAUCAACGAACAGCAACACAGAUUUCCCCGAAUCAACUUUCCUCGACAUCGACUCAAGUGGGCAAUCAACACAAUCAGACAGAAACAGAGUAGCUACUUCACACACGGUCUCAUCACCAGCAAGCCUUUUGAAUCUCGCCGAGAAAACUUUACCUGCCAAAGUAGCUCCGGUGGCCACAAUUACUGUUGUCGAAUCAAGUUCUCAAUCUAGUCCCACACAGGUCAUACUUUUGGUCCAAAAUCAAUCGACAACAAGACGUGCAUCAUCGUUUUCAAGUGUAUUCAAGAAAGAAGCCACCACAGAAAUUACCGAUUUUACUUCCCAUGACACUCCCGGUGUAGAGGAAAGUGUUCGCAGGACUCCGUCCACCGAAGGACAUUUGGAUUCAUUCUCAACGCCGUUACAAACUAGUAGGUCCCGCAUCAGUGCAAUCGAAUCGAGCUCUAGCGGGGUUCAGGGUCGUUCAGCUUCAAGCACAACUGCAUCAGACACCGAACCACUUCGAGCUAGCAGUCUUCAAAGCGACUCAAAUGGUCAGUUUAUUCUAGAAGAAAUAAUAAGUUCGCCAGUAGUUACGUUUAUUGGGAGUCAAAAAACCUCGGCCAUGACACCUACGUACAGCAAGACACAUAGUCCCAAAUCCACCGUCGUAGAAAUUGACUCAAGCAGGCAACCAGACAAGGGCAGGCUAACUACUUCAUACGCGAUCUCGUCUCCGGCAAGUCGCACUAACCUCAUCGGAAGAACUUUGUUUUCCAGAGUACCUUCGACGUUGACAGUCACUAGCGCCGGUUCAAGUUCCCAAUCUGAUACCAUAGGUAUUGCACAUUUGAUUGGAGUCGAAUCUUCAGAGGGACAUUCCUCGUCGUUCUCAAGUGUGUCUCAGAGAGAAGCCACCACGGAGAUCAUCGAUUCUACCUCGCAUGGCAUUGCCGAUUUAAAAACCAAUUCGCAUAGGUCUCCCUCCACGACAAGUCGAAUGGCUUCAUUCUCUGCUUCGUCAUACUCCAGUAAGCCCUCCUUGGUUACUACGCUAACCACGAUUCCCAACAGAGCAACUGAAUCUAGCACUAGCGAGGAUCGGGGCUAUUCAGAAUCGAGCACAACAACAUCACGUACAGAACUACCUAGGGGAACUAGUAGUCCUCAAAUCGACUCAAUUGUUCAGGUCCUUUUCGAAAGAAAAACAAGUUUGCCAGUUGGAACCCCCAGUGGAAGUCGACUAAGUCCUGUCAUGACACCUAAGUACGGUGAUGUGCGUAGCUUCAAAUUCUCCGUUGCAGAUAUUGAUGCGGUCAGAGUAACUACUCCCUACACGAUCUCGUUGCCGGCAAGUCGCUUUAACCUCACCGAGAAAAGUUUGCCUUCGCGAAUACCAUCAGCGGCGACAGUUACUACGAGAGGUUCAAAUACUCAACCUGGCACCACAGAAGUCACAAAUUUGAUCCGAAGUAAAUUAACAGAAAGGACAGGUGCGCCCAAGGAAAAGGUCACCACGGAGAUCAUCGGUUCUACUUCCCAUGGCAGUCCCGAUGUAAAAAGCAGUCCGCGCAGGCCGCGUUCGACCAUAGGUCUGUUAGAUUCAUUUUCAACAUCAUCACACUUUAGCGAGCACUCCUGGGUUACUACACCAACCAAGUUUGAUCUUGAAGAAAUAACAAGUUCGCCAGUAGUUGCGUCUAGUCGAAGUCAACCAAGGUCUGUCAUGACACCUAAAUACGCAUAUAGCUACACAUCCACCGUCGCUGACAUUGACUCAAGUAGACAACCUGGCACAAAAAAAGUGUCUACUUCACACGCGGUGUCUUCACCGGUAAGUCACUCUAGUCUCAUCGAGGGAAUUUUGACUUCCCGAGUGCCCAUGGCGGUCAAAGGUACUAGCCUCGGUUCAAGCACCCAUUCUGGUGCCAAACACGUUACAAAUUUGGUCGGAAGGGAAUCGACAGAGAAACAUUCCUCGUCGUUUCCAAAUGUCGCUAAGGAUGAAGCCACAACGGAGAUAAUCGGUUCUUCUUCGUCUAGCAUUGCCGAUGAAAACACUAGUCCACACAGGUCUUCCUCCACAAUGCGUCGCUCGGAUUCAUUCUCAGCUUCAACACACUCCAGUGAGCAUUCCCGGGUUACUCCACUAACCACUGUUCCCACCAGUGCAAUCGAAUCUAGCAUUAGCGGGGGCCAGAGCCUUUCAAAAUCAAGCACAAGCGCAUCGGUCACCAAACUACCUGGGGGAACUAGUAGUUCUCAAAUCGACUCAAUUGCUCAAUUUGUUCCGGACGAACUAAGAAGUCUGCCAGUAGCUACGUAUAGUGGCAGUCCGCCAAGGUCAGUCAUGACACCUACGUACAGCAAUUCGCAUAGCUCCAAAUCAUCGGUGGCAGAUAUUGACUUAAGUAGGCAACCUGACAGAGGCAGAGUAACUACUUCACACACGGCCUCGUCACCACCAAGUCAUUCGAGUCUCGCGGAGAAAACUUUACCAUCCAAAGUAGCUUCGACGGCUGCAACUACUAACGUCGAAUCAAGUACCCAAUCUAGCCCCACAGAAGUGAUUUAUUUAUCGACAGAGAAACAUUCUUCAUCGGUUACAAGUGUAUCCAAAGAGGAAGUCACCACGAUAAUCGCCGAUUCUACUUUCCAUCACAUCCCCGAUACAGAGAGUAGUCUUCACAGGUCUUCUUCCACCGAAGGUCACUUGAAUUCAUUCUCAACACCGUCACAGACCAGCUCUAGCAAGGUUCACAGUCAGUCAGAGUCAAGCAGAACUGCAUCGCAGACAGAACCACCUGGUGGAACUAGCAGUAUUCAAAUUGAGUCAAAUGGUCAGUUUAUUCUGGAAGAGAUAACAAGUUCUCCAGUAGCUACGUCUAGUGGAAGUCAACUUAGGUUAGGCAUGACAUCUACUGCUCCUAAGAGUGAAAUCAAAUCCACGACAACAACAAGUCAUUCCAGACUAAUCGAGAGAGCUCCGAGUUCCCCGUUUCCUAUGUCGGUCACAUUCACUGGUAUUGAUUCGGGUAGUCAGCCUAGUCCGACAGGCGUAAUGGACUUAAUUAUAAGUACAUCGGGAGGAAGGCAUCCCUCGUCGUCCUCAAGAAUUCCCACGAAGAUAGUGACCCCAAAGAGCAUCGAUUUAAGUACUCGGUACAUUUCAGAUGUCACAAGAAGUUAUUCCAAGUCUCUGUCCACUAUUGGUCACUCAGGCUCAGAAGACGAAUCCACGUCGAUCAAUGGUCAAAGUGAUUCUGGGUCAAACGCAACUGUAUCACAUACCGAACGACAUUUGAGAGCCAGUAGUAUCGGAAUCGACUCAGGUGGUCAGUCUUUUCCAAGAAAGGUGACAUAUUCCCGACUGAUAACUUCUGAUAAACCUCAUACCAAGGGAGCCGAAACCUCAUCGGAUGUCAGUGAAUUUUCUAAACUGUCUACCAAAACAGUUGGCACAUCUGAGCAUUUAGUCAGUGAACCUAUUCAAUUGUCCCAUUCAUUGGGAGGUCAGUCAAGGUUAAGCGAAGUGACAAAUGCUUCGCCCAACGGGACGUCUUCCGGAGCCUCUACUUCAACUUCACCGGUUGGUUCUAUUUUACCCGCUAAAUUCGCUUCUGAUGCGAGGACUCGUGGAACUUUUUGGAACAGUCGUGCUGUCCUAAAUAACACAGCAAAUGUUUCCACGGUUAGCUACAGCAGGAAUCGAUUUGCAUCAACUACUAUUCUUCCACAUCUCACAAAAGUAGCGGCUGCGACUCGUAUUGUUUUUUAUAAUUGCACAUGUGUUAAAGCUAUACCGCUGAUUGGAGCUACUAAAGCCAUGGCGACCUCCGUAUCUACCGAAAGUCCUGACAGUGCAAGCGUUGUUCCGCAAGAGGAGAACGUGAGUGCGAGUACUAUUGACUUCUCCAGAAUGACUGUGAGAACAGCUAGUUCCAAGUUUGGAAGCAUCAGCGAACCUGGCCCUUCCCUGAAUGACAUUGUAGCUUCGUCGAGAAAUUUAGAAAUAAGCGAUUUUCCCAGCACGAUCGUUUUGAAACGCCAUUUGACGGAUGAAAGUAUCCUCUGCUUUGGUAGCCUGAUCACUUACAACUUUGUUUUGACAGCUGCGUCUUGUGUUGUAGAUAAAGUACAUCGCAAAGGUACGUUCAAAAACGGUUAUUUAUUGGCAGGGACUAGGUCCCAAAUCGGAUGCAUUGGCCCUUGUCAAUACCGGCGGGAAGAGAAAACCAUGGUACAACCUGAAUAUUGGAAGCGAAAAAUGGGGGUGAGCGACGUGGCGUUAGUUAUGUUGGGUAGGCCAUUUUGUCCUAGCGAAUACGUACGUCCCGCGAGCCUUUCGAUCAAUUUGGGAGAAUUAGGAUCUCCAGUCGAGAUGAAGUUCACAGUACCGAUAUUUGUUGCAAUCCUCUUGGUUACUGACGUGCUGGCCAUCGAUAAUUUCGUUCGUAAGAGAUCCAUGGUUAAACCACUUUAUUUAGGUAGUUUACCAGGAGUUGUGUUGCUGAAACAUCACCUCAGUGAUGAUGGAGUGGUUGGCCUUGGUCACUUAAUAACUCCGCACCAUGUCCUUACUUCCGGAGCUGCUGUAGCUAAUCGAACCGAGAAACGACUUACAUUCUCUGGAUUCGUGAUCGGGGGGACAAUUUUGCGCUCUCGACCGUCUUGGCCUAGUCAACAUCGUGGCAUUGUGAAUCUUACAGUGCAUCCAGGGUUCUUCUCAGAUGAUAACAUUAACUACGACGACAUCGCGAUAAUCACUUUGAAUAAACCGUUCGUAGAAGAUGCGAACAUUAGACAUUCACCGGCGGCCUUCCGCCCAGCAAUCCUAAACAAGAGAGUUUUCUCACCGGGCUUUACUCUAACAGAGCAAAUGGACUGGAGUGUGGAAAAAUUGCAUGUUGGUAUCACCCAUAUAGAUGGCAACUGGGGUUGCUCAAACGAACACAUUAGUGCUGACAAGUACUUUUGCAUUCACCUACGUACUGGCGAAAUAGGUGGACCCGUUUAUGAAGCUAGACAUUUAGUAGGAAUAGUAUCUCGGAAAGAGUCAGAUACAACCUUCGGAAACAUUGUAAGUUCGUUGCAUUAUUAUAAGGAAUUCAUAGAGAAUAAUACGGUCGUGGGGACUGGAACCCCUAAUGAAAUAGAUGACUGGGUGCCGCAGUCAAAUGAUGAGUUUGAAGUAGUUGAAUUGUAG